AUGCGAGCCGCCCCGAGCCUCCGCGGCUGCGGCUGCCUGCUGCUCGCCGCGACCCUCCACCUGGCGCGCGGCUACCUGACUGUCAACAUUGAGCCUCUCCCACCCGUGGUGGCUGGGGAUGCCGUGACCUUGAAGUGCAACUUCAAGACAGAUGGCCGCAUGCGUGAAAUCGUGUGGUACCGGGUAAUGGAUGGCGGCACCAUCAAGCAGAAGAUCUUUACCUUCGACGCCAUGUUCUCCACCAACUACUCGCACAUGGAAAACUACCGCAAGAGGGAGGACCUGGUGUAUCAGUCCACCGUGAGGCUCCCCGAGGUCCGAGUCUCAGACAAUGGUCCCUACGAGUGCCACGUGGGCAUCUACGACCGCGCCACGAGGGAGAAGGUGGUCCUGGCAUCAGGCAACAUCUUCCUCAACGUCAUGGCUCCUCCUACCUCCAUCGAAGUGGUGGCUGCGGACACGCCAGCCCCCUUCAACCGCUACCAGGCCCAGAACUUCACGCUGGUCUGCAUCGUGUCCGGAGGGAAGCCGGCGCCCAUGGUUUAUUUCAAAAGAGAUGGGGAACCGAUCGACGCAGUGACGCUGGCAGAGCCGCCGGUGGCCAGCUCCGGGCCCCUCCGGGACAGCAGGCCCUUCCGCAGCCUCCUGCACCGAGACCUGGACGACACCAAGGUGCAGAGGUCGCUGUCCCUGAUGGACACUGAGAACCGGGGCGGGCGUCCCUCCACGGAGCGCCCCUCCCUCGGCCUGACCCCGGACCCCAGCGUCCUCCUCCAGCCGACCACCGAGAACGUCCCAGAGACGGUGGUGAGCCGCGAGUUCCCCCGCUGGGUCCACAGCUCCGAGCCCGUGUACUUCCUGCGCCACAGCCACAGCCCGGGCAGCGACGGCACCGUGGAGGUGCGUGCCCUGCUCACCUGGACGCUCAACCCGCAGAUCGACAACGAAGCCCUCUUCAGCUGUGAGGUCAAGCACCCUGCGCUGUCCAUGCCCAUGCAGGCAGAGGUCACGCUGGUUGCCCCUAAAGGACCCAAAAUCGUGAUGACGCCCAGCAGAGCCCGGGUCGGGGACACAGUGAGGAUUCUGGUCCACGGAUUCCAGAACGAGGUCUUCCCGGAGCCCCUGUUCACAUGGACGCGGGUCGGGAGCCGCCUCCUGGACGGCAGCACCGAGUUCGACGGGAGGGAGCUGGUGCUGGAGCGGGUUCCCGCCGAGCUCAACGGCUCCAUGUACCGCUGCACAGCCCAGAACCCGCUGGGCUCCACUGACACGCACACCCGGCUCAUCGUGUUCGAAAACCCAAAUAUCCCAAGAGGAACGGAGGACUCCAAUGGUUCCGCCUCUGGCCCUGCUGGUGUCCGGCUCAUCCUGGUGCUCGCCCUGACAGUGCUCCUGGAGCUGACGUGA